UUUCGGCAAAACCAGUAUCAUGACGUACAACAGGUUUCCGCCCUCGUCAGUGAAAAGUACAAGCUCGUCAUUGAAAGGUACAAGCUCGUCAUCUUAGGAGACGCGUCUGUCGGCAAAAGCAGUAUCAUCACUCGCUUUGUGAACAACAAGUUCCAUAACGAAUACAAGCCAACAAUUGGCAUUGAUUUCCUGACAGGGUACCUUGAAGAUCGUAGAGUAAGACUGCAGUUUUGGGAUACUUCAGGGAAAGAGAUGUUUAGGAGUCUUAUACCAAGCUACAUCAGUGACUCAGUUGUGGCUGUUAUUGUGUACGAUGUUGCAAGUAGGCAGUCCUUCCUUAAUACUUCAAAAUGGAUUGAACAGGUUUGGGCUAUUCUUGGGAGUGAUGUUAUCAUUGUUCUUGUUGGGAAUAAAAUUGACCUUGUUGAAAAAAGACAAGUUCCAAAAGAGGAGGGAGAAGCUAAAGCAACGGAACUAAAUGGCAUGUUUAUUGAAACCAGUGCAAAGGCUGACUUGAAUAUAAAGGCGCUAUUUAUUAGUAUAAUAGGUGCAGCCAUGCGGCCUACCCAGGCAGCAGGAAUGGAGACAUUAUCGUUUGCUGAGCUAAGCAAGAUGAAGACACAGUGGUGAAGUUGCACUUUACGUGGUGUGCUCUUUAGAGACACUAAACAUUGGUCACCAUAAUUUACUUCUUUACUAUUCUGUCGGAUCCAAGUGUGAGUUGUUGCGGCGAGAAAAUUCCGCUUUUUGUGGGCAAAUUAAUAAAUCUAAUUUGAUCCAUGCAGAACUUUUGCACUUUGC